CACACCCCGGCCAGGUUCCGUUGCAGCAUUGGAAUUUCCCAUGGAGGGGACGGAGAAGGGACCGUGCCGCGGCUGCCCAGGUCCAGCCGACCUCAUCAGCCCCCUCCCGGAGGAUCUGCUCCUCCAGGUCCUCGAGCGCCUCGGCUGCGCCGGCGAAGCCGCGCGCACCAGCCUCCUCUCCCGCCGGUGGCGCGGCCUCUGGACCCGCCUCCCCAGCCUCACCGUCGCCCUCCAUGACGUCCUGUUCAGCUCGCUCGAGGCCGCGCUUGCCCGCGCAGCCCGUCCCGGGGUGUGGCGCUACCACCUCGACAUCCGCGUCCCCUGGCAAGCCGACACGCUCCCCGCCGCCAGCAUCUCCUUGCGGCUUCACGCCGCCGCGGCCCUCUCGCCCGUGGACAUGCUCUUCGUCCUCUCGCCGGACGUCCACGUCCCACGUAGGGACCUGCCCGAUAACCUGCUGCAACUGAUGCUGCACUUAGGGAUCCCAUGGAGCACGCAGGUCUCUCCCCCUCCUCCGGUGGACCUGCCCCGCUUCUGCCGCGCCGCCACCAUCGAUCUACGCGCACGGCAUCUCCGAUUCCGCCAGCCCUCCUCCGGCUUCCCCUUGCUGAAGACACUCUCCCUCACCGGCUGCGACGUCGACCUCGCCACCUUGAUCCCUCUCUGCCCGCGCAUCCGCGUGCUCACGGUGGACAACAACGGCUUGGCGGCCAUUGAGAGCAUCACCAUCCACUCGGCAUCGCUGGAGGAACUCUCCGUGGAGAGCAGAGACACAUGGACAAGCUGUGUCGACGUCAAGGCGCCGGUGCUUGAGCAGUUGACAGUGUCUUUCCAUGCCCGCGGCGAUCUCAGGGUCUUCGUCUUGGCACCGAUGGUGGAGAAGUUCUCGUGGAGGUGCUCCUACCCUAAGCCCAUGUACAGGCUUGGCCUCUGGGGCCUCUUGGAGGUCGGCUUAAACACUAUAGACUCCGGGAAAGGCGGAUGCUUGGAGCUCCCCAACGGCUAUGUCCUGUCCCUGCACAUGGCUGCCCAAGGUUCAUAUAAAUUUCUAAAUGCAGAGCACACCUUUGCGGGAGAGAUUGAUAAACAUAUGGUUACCAAAUUCUCUGGUUUGGACCUACAUCUCAGAACCACAGGGCAUGCCAUUGGAGCAGUUGUGUUGCGUCUCAUAGGGAUGCAUCGGAUUCGUACAGUUGUACGGAACCUUAGGAUCAUCCUACUAAAGUCAGAGGAAAAAGAAGCAUGCCCAGUAAAUUGCUUCUGUGAUGAGCCCAAGGAUUGGAGAACACAAACUAUCUCCUUCGUUGAUCUUGAAACCGUGGAUAUUGAAGGUGUUGACGGGGAGGAUCGUGAGUUUGAUUUUUUGGAAGUGAUAUUUACAUGUGCUCCAAUGCUUAGAAGAGUGACUGUAAAGCUGGCAGAUGGUGUCAACCCAUGUGCCGAUUGGUGCACAAAAGUAAACAACAUCUUCAAGGCGCAUCCUUUUGUGAAGUGCAACAUCGAUCUGGGUCAAUAUGUAGCAGACAAAGUUCUGCAUUGACAUGAUUCUCAUGCUUACGUUUGCGGAUUGAGGGUGCUGAUUAACAAGAUUGUCUUCUCCCACACCGACCAACUCCUAUCUGUUUACCUGAUCUUGCUUCAUGGCUUCAAUCAAGACUACUUUCUAUUAUGUUUCUAGUGUAGUGGAUCUACAAGCGUUGAAGUGGUGCCCAAUAAAGAGGGCAGAACCAAGCUAAAACUGAUGCAUGGUUGC